GGCGAAGGGGAGUUGGGUUUGGGGCCCCCCUAUGGGGCUCCGCGCCCCACUUAAAGUGGGGAAAUUACGGAAAAACCCCCUUUACAAGAAUACGGAAUAUUAAAUUUCGUAUUCAAUACGGAAUAUAAAGUUCCGUAUUAUAUUACUAUGUAAAUGACAGGGGUUUUUCCAAAACCCAUUUCAGCGCUCCAAAACAUUUCAAACCCUUGCUCUCCAAUCUUCGAGACCGACGAUCUCCUUGCCUCAAUCAUCAUCUGGAAAGUGUACCAUCGUCUCCAUCAUCAAACCCAUUCUCCCCAUUCAUUGCAUUGAACCUAGAGUGAGAAUGAAGAACAGAAAGAGGUCUCGAGCUAGUGAGGAUGCGGGGCCUACAGAGGAUAGACACCAGCGAUUACAUGCUUCUAGCCGGCGCGGCGAUCAAGCUGCGACCUCUCACGCGGUUGAGGCUUCAGCUCCAGCUCCAGUUGAUUCUAUGCAGUCGCCCAUGGUAGAGGCUUCAGCUCCAGCUCCAGUUGAGCCUACUGAUCGAGUUCCUACUCCGCCGUCUCCCAUGGUUGAGGUACCUCGCCAUGAGUCAGCAGGCGAGGAGUCAUCAGGCGAGUCGUCAUCCGGCGAUGAGUCAUCCGGCGAUGAGUCAUCCGACGAGGAGUCAUCCGGCGAGGAGGGGUCAUAUGACGAGGAUAGUAUUCCUCCUCCUGAUGUUGAUGCUGAUGUCGUGCCAGAGGCACAGGGUGGCGAGGAGGACCUGAUCCAGAGGUUGCCGCCGUUUCCGGGGGGGCCUGUUGAUCUGUCGCUUCUCACGCAUUAUGCUGAUCACAAGGCUCCCUGGACGUGGCAUGCACUCCUACGCACAGACGAGCGGUAUGUGGACCGUCGACACUUGAGGGUGGCCACAGCUGGGGGGAAGGUUUGGAACCUUGCUUGUGAUGGUGAUUCAGACAGUCACAGGAGGGUUCGAGAGUUGAUUGAGCAGACGGGUCUUCAUCAGCUACCCUGGUGCAGCUACUCGGAGACAGAUGCAGGCCUCAUUUUGGCCCUUGUGGAGCGAUGGCAUGAGGAGACUAGUAGCUUCCACAUGCCGUUUGGGGAGAUGACCAUCACCCUGGACGACGUGUCGGCUCUUCUCCAUCUCCCAAUGGGGUCGAGGUUCUAUACGCCUGGGAGGGGGGAGAGGGACGAGUGUGCAGCGCUAUGUGCUGAGUUGAUGGGAGGAUCUGUUGCUCGUUAUCAUGCUGAGUUUGAUAAGAACAGGAGCCAGACUAUUCGCUUUGGGGUCUUGCAGACCCUGUAUGAUGCUGCGUUGGAGGAGCACCGAUAUGAGGACGCUGCACGGAUUUGGCUGGUGAACCAGCUAGGCGCGACGCUCUUUGCUAGCAAGAGCGGUGGAUACCACACGACCGUCUACUGGAUAGGUAUGUUGCAGGAUCUCGGUCGAGUGUCCGAGUACGCGUGGGGCGCAAUUGCGCUCGCUACGUUGUACGACCAGCUUGAUCGAGCGUCCAGGAGGGGGACGGCCCAGAUGGGAGGUUUCAGCUCACUCUUGCUAGGAUGGGCCUACGAGUACCUUUCUGAUCGCGUCAUUAUCCGGAGGGCGGAUCCGGAGUACUCACAGGACCAGCCUAGGGCGCGGCGGUGGGUUAUGUCCCGGGUCGGGCAUGCAGGCCUCGAUGAGAGGCGAGUCAUGCUCGAUGAGCUGACGGUGGAUGACAUUAUAUGGACCCCAUUUGAGGACCAUCGGGCUCAUCGACCACGGGAUCAGAGGGCCAUGUAUUCUGGCUACAUCCGGACGCCAUUUGGCCGUGUUGUUCGACGACAUCUACCAGAGAGGGUUCUGCGCCAGUUUGGCUACAUCCAGGAUGUCCCUCGACACCCCUCCGAGAUCCAGACGACUGGGUCCCUUGCUGAGACCGCAGAUGCUGCCUAUGCUGAUUUUGUGCCGCACCUGCGCCCUCAGGGGAUCCCUGUUACUCAUUCGGGAGAGGCUGUGGAGGAGUACAUGAGGUGGUAUGGCGGUGUGUCCCAUCGGUUCAUCAUCCCUGAUGAUAGGAGGGAGGAGUUCAGUGCUGUGACGGUUGUGCGUCGGGUCGUGGACUUGUUGGAGCAGUCACUGGAGGUGCCAGAUGCUCUUGCAGUUGGCACGCAUGCCCGAUCCCUCACUGAGAGGGCGCUGGAUCUUAUUAGAUCCAGCGCAUUCAUCGGUACCCAGGGAGUAGCCUUUGCUGCUGUCCGAGGAGCUGGAGCUGCAGGAGGCAGAGGUCGUGGAGGUAGAGCCCGUGGAGGCAGAGCCCGUGGAGGCAGAGCCCGUGGAGAGGGUGCACCUGCAGAGGGCGCUCGUGGAGGCAGAGCUCGUGGACCUAGAGGUCGGAGGGGUGGCGGUAGGGGUCGGGGCGAGUGACUGUAUAUUUGUAUAUAUUUUUUUGUGUACUUUUAUAUUAUGACAUGUGACGACAUUGUAUGGACUCUUUUUAUAUUAACCACGCUUUCUAUUUCCACC